AAGAUUAAAAUUAUACUGUCCGUCAUUAGUAUACUUCCAGAACUGUUCAGUGUGUGAAAUGCAGAAAGAGAAUAAGGUCAGUAAACGUACUGAAUGUUGUAUCUUCAGCUUCUUGUGGGAGAAUACGGAAGAUGAUGAUCUGCAAGCAGACAAGACAAAAAUACUGGCUCUUAGUAAAAGUCAUGAACUGUUUGUCUAUGAGUUCACUGUAGAAGAUGGAAAAUACAACCCGAUUUCCCUGCACUGUUGUAAGGAAGAUACACUUAAAAAGCUCCUUGAAGCUAAAAACAUUAGCCUGUCUUCAGUUUUCUCUUUGAGGAUACUGUCUUUUGGAAGCAACAAAUGCAUUCUUCUGCUCAAUAAGUUUAUUGUUGUGCAUCUUACCUUUCCUGGAAAAGACUCACCCUUAGAGACAUGUGACUGCUUUACCCUUGAUUUGCCUCCACAAGUUUUGGAAAGAAUAACAGAUACACAAUUCUGCAGGGGGAUCCUGUUUCUGUUAGAUAGUUCUGGCUGGAUUUACAUAUUUGACUCUGUUGAUGGUGCAAAACUAGCAGACGUCAACGUAGCACUCUGCCAGGGAGACGUGCAGGAUGAGGACCGGAGUCCAGCCAUCACAUCACCACUCACUGCGGUGAAAGUGUCGCGUGAUCUCAGCGUUGCUGUGAUCAUCAGUUCUUCCAACUAUGCCAUCUCCGUGGAUCUAAACAUGUACUUCAGACAGUUCCCUGGGCAUUUGCUCUGUAAGAGAGAUUCUGAAAACCUUCCGGUGAAGCCUCCUGAAGGACUUGAUGAGGAUGACCUUGCUAGUUCUGACUAUAGCAUGGAGCUUUUGUCAUUGCCUUUCCGCACAGACAGGUCCUGGAAGGCACACUUAUCCUCACUAUGUGAUACAGUAAGGAGAAGAAGACCAGGUUCUCCAGAUUUGGUGAAUGACUUGAAUUUACCUUGGUAUCAGUUUUUUACCCAUCUUGAAGAUCAUGAUCCUGAAAUCUGUGAAAAUUCGGAGAAGAUGGUGGCUUUUGUUCCGCGGGUUGUUACACAGGCCCCUUCCAAACCAUUACAAAGCAAUGGUACAAACCUCAACGAUGCAAGACAGCAAUGGAAACAAAUCCCUGUAGAAGCACCACAAGAAGUGGUGAAACUGGAGUGUAAAUUGGUAACUGGAGUUAAGGCCCUGUUUGUAGUAUUAACAGAUGACAAAGGAUUGACUCUUGCUCUCUGGGAUUUUGAGUCGCAAGAUGUGAUGUAUUACUACUUCGGCAAAAAUACUCUUUAUGUGGAUUGCAGUGAAGAGGUGCCAUUAUGUCUACUUCUGACGGAGCAUGGUCUCUCCUUAGUGCUGUUUGGUUUAACUCAAGAAGAGUUUUUGAAUAGAUUGAUGAUCUAUGGCAGCGCUGGAGUCGUAGAUUCUGUUUGUCAUCUCAAUGGAUGGGAACGAUGUUCAAUUCCGAUACAUGCGCUAGAGGCAGGUUUGGAAAAUCGUCAGCUAGACACAGUAGACUUAUUUUUAAAAAGCAAAGAAAGUCUUUUCAAUCUGUCUGCACCCUGCUCUGGACCUGAACAGUCUACUGAUAGUGCAUCCCAGUCUUACCUGAAAAAUUUGGAAGAGCUGAGGCCAGCUUUAAACUUGCUUUGCUCAGCGAUCAAAGAAAAUGAUAUGGAGCCUCACAGUAAACACUUCUCUGAGCAGCUACUAAACCUCACGUUGACUUUCCUUAGCAAGCAACUUGAAGAAAUUUUUGUGCACACAGAGGAACCUGAUGAAUUCCUGCAGAAGGGUGCAGAUAUUUUAACUGAUUACAUUAUUAAACUUAGAAAAUUUCUGAGAAAAUAUCCUCGACCAGAAAUAAAUACGGUACACACAGGAAGUGAUCUUGAUGAGGACCUGCCUGCAUUAGAAGAAAGCCACAUGUGGGAAAAACUGACACCAGAGGAAGUCAUUGCUGAGGCCAUCUUAAGCAACAAAAUGCCAGAGGCCCAGACCUUCUUCCGAAUGCAUCAGCAUCCUGCUCAAAGUCUUCAAGAAUUUAUUCAGACAGGUUUGAAUCUGGUCUAUGACCGUCUUCUGAAGGACAAUACCAGAGAGGCCUCAGAACUCUUAAGAAAUAUGGGCUUUGAUGUGAAGGAGGAAUUGCAUAAGAUAUGUUUCUACACAGUUGAUAGACAUGUACGAGAUUUGUUGGUGAAAGUUUUACGAGAAGAAAAUUAUUUUUCUGAAAAAGAGGAGAAAAUGAUAGACUUUGUGCAUCAGGUUGAAAGCUUUUACUCGGAACCCUUCCAAGAAAAUAAAGAGGUUCAAUCUCUUUCCAGGUACUGGAGAAAGGAACAAGACUUUUCCAGACAUACAGCUGUUCUAGAUUCGUUGUUGAAUUGUGAUAGACAUCGGGUUCACAAUAGGAGAGUCAGAGUGAUGUUUAACUGGGCUCAGUGGUGGGAUGAGCUUAUUCGGGAAAUGAUUCUUCUCCCCAGGAAACCACGCCAAGAACUCAAGACAUGUAAUCCUGAGGUUCUUUGGAUGCACUUGACAGCUCAGCAUGAUUGGCUUAAUAUUUGUUCGUGGAUUGAAGAAUCCGAGCCCAACCAGACUUUGUGUGGACAAGCUAACUGGCCCUCUCUUACUCCAGACGUUAUUGACCGGAACAUGUUAUGUAGUAGCUAUAUGAGAAAUGAUAUAUUAAACAAGCUGGCUAGAAAUGGAAUUUUUGUCCGUUCUGAGUUGGAAGAUUUUGAACUUCUGCUCCAAAGACUGUCUUACCUUGGAGGAGUACUGCAAAAUCCUCACCCUGUUCCAAAAUACAGUGCUGCAAGUGGUUUGGACUUCCAUGCUCGUUUUGUCCUUCACUGUUUAGAACAUAAUUUGCAGUAUCUGUUGUACACUUACUUAGACUAUUACAGUUUAACACCUUCAAAUUGCCCUAUUUUGGAUAACAAGGAAUUGCAUGAAGCUCAUCCCUGGUUUGAAUUCCUUGUGCAGUGUCGAGGGGUUGCCAGCAAUCCACGAGAUCCAAAGAUGAUUUUUCAGGCUAGUCUAGCAAAUGCUCAGAUCUUGAUUCCUAGUAAUCAAGCCAGUGUGAGUAGCAUGCUACUGGAAGGACGUACACUAUUAGCACUUGCUACUACAAUGUAUGCACCUGGAGGUAUUGAUCAGGUUCUUCAGAAUGAAGAUGUGGAAAAACCUCUAAAGAAAGUUGAUCCACAGCUCUUAAAAAUGGCGUUGACUCCUUAUCCCAAACUCAAAGCUGCUCUCUUUCCCCCGUGCACUUCUCAUGGAAUUUUGCCACCUGACAUCUCUCUUUACCAUCUUGUUCAGUCAUUAGUUCCCUUUGAUCCCACUAAAUUAUUUGGCUGGCAGUCAACAAAUACUCUUGCUGUAUCAGAUGCAUCAAGUGACUUUCCUCAUUUUUCAUCCCCUGAACUGGUGAACAAAUAUGCUAUAAUGGAACGACUGGAUUUUUUGUACUAUUUGCACCAUGGACGUCCAUCAUUUGCUUUUGGUACAUUUUUGGUCCAGCAGUUAGUAAAGAGCAAAUCCCCAAAACAGUUGAUUCAGCAAGCAGGAAAUGAAGCCUAUAUUUUAGCUCUUUCUUUCUUCAGUGUACCUUCAGUGGGAGCAGCCUGUGUGUGUUUUCUAGAAUUGCUCGGUCUCGACAGCCUCAAACUCAGGGUCGAUAUUAAAGUUGCAAACAUAAUUUUCAAUUACAGAACUAGAAAUGAAGACUCUCAGCACAAUCAAAUAAGAGAAUCUUUGGUUGAAAAGUUAACAAAAUUGGCUGAUGGUGAAAAAGCAGCAGCAGCAGAAGUUCUUAUCUCCUUAGAAGCAGCCUUUUGGGAUGCAGUUGAGCAUCAAGGAAUAAAGAAGACAUCUAGUGACUCUAGAAGGCAGUGGUCUUUGGUAAUGCAGUUCUGUAAACUCCAUAAUAUUGGACUGAGUACAUCUUACCUAAAGGAAUGUGCCAAAUCCAAUGACUGGCUGCAGUUCAUCAUCCAAACCCAGCUGUACAGCUACCAGCCAGAUGAGGUUAUUUCUAUCCUUCAAGAUUUCACUCCCAUUUUACAAGAUCACUUGAUGUUGGCAUUGGAGAAGUUACCAUUUUUGUGUCCUGAUGCAGGGAGUCCUGACAACAGUACUGCCAGUGUGUUCCAGAGCAAAUAUGCAGAUAGUCUCUUUCAAAUCCUUUUUCAAUGUCAGGGGAACUCGAACCCUUCAUGUUACCUUUUGACUGAAGGAUUGAGAGAGCACGCUCCCAUUCUGAGUGUUUUAGCAGCAUGUUUCCAAGAUGCAAACAUUAUUCAUUGUCUCUGUGUUUGGAUAAUUACUACUGUGGAUCAUACUACCAGAGCUGAAGCAACAAACCAUAUUCAGAGCUCAACAGAAAAUCAUGAAUGGGAUCUUCAUGACCUAUCAGUUAUCUGGAAAGUCUUUUUGAGAAAGCAAAAAAGUAAAACACUUCUAAAUGGCUUCCAGCUCUUUUUAAAGGAGUCCCCUUUACUGUAUAUACUGGAGAUGUAUGAACUAUGUAUGAACUGUAAAAAAUACAAUGAAGCUAAAACCAAACUGGAAAAGUUUCAGGAAAGUCUCACAAAACUUAAAACUGAAGAUGAACCAGCAGCUUCAGAAUUACCUGUGCAAUGGUUGGAAUCACAAGCAUUAUUUCUUCUUGAAUUGAUGAUGCAGCAAUGUAGAACGGAAUAUGAAUUAGGAAAGCUCUUACAGCUGUUUGCUGCAGCAGAUAAUCUUCUACUCGAUGGCCCUUACGUGAAGAAACUCUGUGCACUCAGUGAGACCCUGAAGGAUUCCUCCAUAUCAAUUAAUCGCUCCAUCCUAACCAGUUACAAUAUGGAGACCUUUCAGAGUGAGUGCAGACCAAUUCUGGAGCAGCUACAAGAGAAAGGAAUGUUCUCACUGGCUCGGGAGGUAGCAGCACUAGCUGAAUUGCCCGUGGACAACGUAGUUACGCAAGAGGUUCUAAGAGAUCUACAUCAUUUAAGAGACAUUGGACAGUGGCAUCAAAACCAGACAAGAAUUGAAUUCUGGAAAAAAUGUAAUGACAACUUCAUGAAAAAUUCAAUCUCCAGCAAAGCUGCAUCUGAUUUUUUUUUUGAUCAGGCAAACACAGUAUUUGAAUCUUUAGCUAAUGAGAAGAUAAACAGCAUUAUGGAGAGACAUUUGUUGCUUACCCUAGCUGGCCAUUGGCUAGCCAAGAAUGACUCGGUGUCACUGCACGAAUUAGAAGAAAUAGAGAAGCAGAUCUGGAUUUGUCGCAUCGCACAGCAAACAUUAUCCACAGAUGAGGGGUCAGGCAAGUCGAGGUUUUCCUCCCAUGUUGUAGCAAACAGGGAUCUUACCUUUGAUAACUUAGCUAAGGAGUUUUCUUUUUCAAAGCUACCUGCUCUGAACACACCAAAGUACUUAAAACUAGAGGGUCUUGCUUUCAGAGAGUCUCAACAGACCUUGACUAACGAUGAGGAGGAAUCACUCAAGUUUCUGAUCGGAUGCCUUCUUGAUGAAGGAAGCGUGCAUGAAGCCAGCCGUGUUUGUCAGUAUUUCCAUUUCUACAACAGAGAUGUUUCACUGGUAUUGCAUUGCAGAGCUCUGGCCUCAGGGGAGACUGAUCUAGACAAAUUACACGCAGAUAUUCAGACUCUCCUUGCAGCAAGAGAGAAGACAUCUGAAAGCAGUGCAUCUCAGCAAAGCAGAGUCCCAAGCGCAUCAAGCUUAGAAGACUGGACACACAUUGUGACUCCAUCUCUGGAUGAUCAAGUUGUUAUCAGUCUGAAGGCUCUCAUAGAUGAAUGUGUCCAUGGGAGAAACUACUGCAGACAGGUUCUCUGUUUAUAUGAACUUUCUAAGGAAUUGAACUGCUCCUACAGUGAAAUGUCAGCCCACGACCCUGAAAAAGUGCUUCGAGCAAUUCUGUCGUCCCAUCAGCCAGACAGAUGCAGGAAAGCUCAGGCAUUCAUCACCACGCAGGGUCUCCAGCCUGAAACUGUGGCAGAGCUAGUGGCUGAAGAAAUCAUGCAGGAAUUAUUGGCAUCUUCAGAAGGGAAAGGACAGAAACAGGUUUUGAACCCUGCAGCUGAGAGUCAGGCAUUCCUACAGCUUGCUAAGCUGUGCCAGGAUCAUACAUUGGUUGGCGUGAAGUUAUUGGAUAAAAUUGCCUCUGUACCACGUGGGGAACUGUCAUGCAUUACAGAAUUGCUGAUUUUGGCCCAUAAUUGCUUUAGUUUGACUUGCCACAUGGAAGGGAUCACUAGAGUCCUCCAAGCAGCCCGGCUUCUCACAGAUGAACAUUUGGCACCUAAGGAAGAGUACGGACUUGUGGUUCGUCUUCUCACUGGAAUUGGCAGAUACAAUGAGAUGACCUACAUAUUUGAACUGCUGCAUGAGAAACACUACUUUGAAGUGCUCAUGAGAAAGAAAUUAGACCCAAGCGGGACAUUGAAGACAGCUCUGCUGGAUUACAUCAAGCGUUGUCGCCCAGGGGACAGUGAAAAGCACAACAUGAUAGCCCUUUGCUUCAGUAUGUGCCGAGAAAUCGGAGAGAAUCAUGAGGCUGCUGCUUGCAUACAGCUUAAACUCAUUGAGUCUCAGCCAUGGGAGGAGUCUCUUCGGGAUGUUGCAAAUUUAAAGAAACUGCUGAUGAAAGCUCUGACUCUCUUCAUUGAUGCAGCAGAAAGUUAUUCUAAGGACUCCUGUGUCCGCCAGUCCUUGCGCUGCAGUCGGCUGACGAAGCUGGUAACACUCCAGCUGCAUUUUCUCAACACUGGUCAGAGCACUAUGCUGAUCAACCUGAACAGGCAGAACCUGAUGGACGCCAUCAUGUCCUUGCCUAGAUUCUAUCAGGCAGCUAUUGUGGCUGAGGCUUACGAGUUUGUUCCAGAUUGGGCUGAAGUUCUGUACCAACAAGUGAUCACCAAGGGAGACUUCACUUACUUAGAAGAAUUUAAACAACAAAGACCACUGAAGCCUAGCAUAUUUGAGGAGAUUGCUAAGAAAGUGAAACAGCACCCACCUACUGAUGCUGCUCUGAAAAAUCUGAAGAAAUUGCUCACUUACUGUGAAGAUAUCUACACAUACUACAGGUUGGCUUACGAUAACAAGUUCUACGAUGUGGUAAAUACACUUCUGAAGGAUGCACAGACUGGCUGUUGCCUUAAUGAUAUGUUAUCAAACUAGACUCCAGCCUCCACGAAGUAGAGACUGGCUCUGCCCAGGACCAGCGCCACAGCUUCUUGCAUGGUUAGUACUGAUUCUUUAACAGAUAUUUUUAUCAGUUACCUGCUUACAGUGAUAUGCUGCUAUGUGACAGUUACUCCAGAAAACUGGUGGUGGUUGUAAAUAUUUAAAAUGCUGAGACUGUGUUAACCUAAAAUAAUUUUGUAUAAUAAAUCUUACUGUUUACAAAAUACUUGACUAACGAGCAAACACAGACUGGCACAGCUGACGAGGAACCACAGAGAUCCAGCAGUCCUCUCAGUUAGGCGUGUGGACGCUGGAUCACCAUAGGAAUUGUAUCUAAACCGACAAAAGGCUGGAAUAGAAUGUGCAGAAUAUCCAGUCCAUUGACAACGGAAUAAGCAGUAAACUCCUUUGAAGGUUUCAGAUACACGCUAGGAUAAUCUGUUCUUUGAUUCCAGUCUGAUUAGACUGGUUUUGUUUUCUAGCUUAGUGAUAAAGUCUUGUACAACUCUAA